AUGGACCCCCUGAGCGCAAUCGGGCUUGCAAGCAACAUCCUCAGCUUCAUUGACUUUUCUUGCGGCGUUGUUAAACACACUUAUGAGGUGUACAAUUCGGCAACAGGUGCAACGUCGGCGAAUGCUCAUAUCAAGACCGUGAUUGAUGAUCUUGCAAAGGCCACUGAAGCCCUAGGCCCCGAAGUGGAAGCAACCACCAAACACUCAAAGGCACUGCACGAGCUGGCCCAAAAAUGUUCUGGCUUAUCAGAGGACCUGCUACGAAUCUUGAAGAAGCUGCAGGUCACGCGGAAGAACUCGAAAUGGCAGAGCCUUAGAAAAACACUGCGCGCUGCCUGGAGCGAGAAAGAGGUUGCGUCGAUUGAAAAACGACUGGACAGCUAUCGCUCGGAGAUCAUUAUGCGGCUUCAGCUCAUGCUUCAUGAUGAAAACUCGUCAACCAAGAGCCAACUCGACAGCAUUGGAGAAGCGAGUUCAAAACUCAAAACUCAGAGCGCCGACAAAUUCAGCAAUUUACGAGAUAAGUUAGACGAUGCAUUGCAAACCUUGGGGGCGGACAAAACCGCGACGCUCAAAGAGAUUCGCCAGGAUCUUUGCAACCUUCAGUCAAUGGCGAGCAUCAUGCCACGAGAGACUCAGAUACUUCGUGGCCUAUAUUUCGAGUCCAUGUACACCCGCGAAGACACCGUGGUGACUGCUGAGAGCACGACAUUUACCUGGAUGGUCGAGGCUGAGGACUGGCAUGAAUCCGUAGAGUCUGCAGAAGACUUGGACCGCCUCUCCUCUGGCAGCGAUGCUGAUGCACAAGAAAACUUGUCCAUGAGAUCACCGAGCAGCAUUGCGGGUACCGAGGACUCAAGUACAGAAGAACGUGACUCUCCCCAUAAUGAUUCCGAGACGGUUUCUUCCGACGACGCGCCCUCGUUUCAAUCUGAAAGGAUACACGCAUAUACCUGGAAGGAAAGGAAGGAAAGGGAGGAGAUGGACAAAAGAAACCAGAUUCGGAGCUUCUUUGCAGACUGGCUACAAUUCGGGCGCGGAGUCUUCUACAUAUCCGGGAAAGCAGGCUCUGGAAAGUCCACCCUCAUGAAAUUUCUCUCCCGCCAGGAUCGCGUCAAAGAGAACCUUCAGCGCUGGGCUGGUGGGAAGAAACUCGUCUUUGCUCAAUUCUUCUUCUGGAGUUCUGGAAACAAGCUUCAGAUGUCCGUAGAAGGGCUCUAUCGGUCGCUUCUAUUCGAGGUUCUAAAGCAAUGUCCAGAACUCAUCGCCGAGGUAUUUCCGGAUGUGUGGAAGAGAUCUGGACGCGGGCAGAACGCAUUUGAGGGGCUUGUACCACGCUUUCCUGAGAUUGAAGCGGCUUUCAACGCUUUGAUCGCAACCCAGUCCUUUCCGUCACAUCGCUUCUGUUUCUUCAUCGAUGGCCUUGAUGAGUAUGAAGGCGAUAGCGUCCAACACUGGGAGUUGGCGGGGAAGAUUCAACAAUGGGCGAAGUCCAACGACAUCAAGUUUUGUGUCAGCAGCCGCCCUCACACGGAGUUUAUGAAGACUUUUCCUGACGAGGCAAACCUACGAAUCCGCCUCCAUGAAGUGACCAGCAAUGACAUACGUCGAUUUGCGAGCUCCAUGUUUGAAAAGGACGUGAACUUCAGGAGAGUCAGCGACCUUUAUCUGGAACUGGUGGAUGACAUCGUGCGCGAUGCCAAUGGCGUGUUUCUGUGGGCCCGACUUGUCGUCCGCUCUCUUCUGGAAGGCGUGGGACGCCACUAUUCAGCUGCAGCGCUCAGGGAAAGACUUGCCACGGUACCAAAGGACCUGGGCCAGCUUUUCGACCAACUUCUUGGAGCUAUUCACCCUGCAGACCGCAAAUUAUCCGACAAGAUAUUUCUCUUGGUCAGCUACUCAGAGGGGCUCUCAAAGGUGUUCUCCAUAUGGCCAUCUCCAAAUGUCCUCAUGUUCUCUUGGCUCGAAGACCUGGAGGACCCUACCUUUCCCUUCACCCUUCCGGUGCGUGGAUAUUCUGAUGCUGAGAUCGUCGAGCGACACGAAGCAAUGCGUUGCCGUAUCGACGGUUUGUCGAGAGGCUUGCUGGAGAUGGUGCCAACAAGGGAGUCUGACUUAUAUUUCAAGUACAGAGUUCAGUUCUUCCAUCGCAGUGUACAGGACUACCUCGGUGACCAUUCACGGCAAAGCGACAUGCAAAACCGAGUACCAAACUUCAAUCCAGUUGAAGACUACUUUCGCUUACAACUGGCGGAGUUUAAGUUUGCGAGAACAAGUUCUAAACAACUCACCAUUGUUUCACCCUUAUAUGACAAUCUUGUACAAACCAUUGUCCUGUUGCACAAGGCGGCAAGCCGACGGUUGAAGUUCGAUAUUCUCGAAGGGUACGGCAAAGCCCUUGAGAGUCAUAGACGACUUCCCUUUUCCCAUCCUCAGGAGAUUGGCGUCAAUACUGGUAAGAUCCACUGGUGUCAAACAAUUCCAUACAGUACGUAUGCAAUGGACAAAGCCCUCGACUUUUCCUAUCUUCAUUGCCUCUCUUUUUAUGGGCAUCACGAGUAUUUGCACGCCAAGGUACAAGAAACAAAUGCGUUACUGAGAUCUUCUGGGUGUUUGAAUUUACUAUUGUCCGCCUCUGUUCGCAGGGAGAGCGAAACAGUCCGGGUCUUACUGGAAGACGGGGCCAAUCCUAACGAGGACAUUGACAUAUACGAGAGAUCUGCCGAUGCAGACGACCCUGGGAGAUGCAGAGCAAGCAUUUGGAUGGUUUUCCUCGCCGACCUCGCCACAACAACUAUACGACGGUUCGCUAUCCUGGAAAUCUUGCUCAAAUAUGGGGCUGAUAGGGACGUUUUCUUUCUGCUAUCGCCAAGGCAGAAGCAUGGUCGGAACUCUGAAGCACUGGAAACCCCGUCCAAUAGCGAGCUCGUCUCAUUGUCACUACAGCAAUGGGUUGAUGCCUUCGGACCACCGAAUCAUCAGGCCAUUAAAACAUUGCUUUUGGAGGAAAGUCCGGGAUCGGGAUGGUGGAGUCAGCUACGGCGGGCGGUUUCCAGCUUCGGCCACAAGAGCAUGCCAGUCGUCCAGAAAUACAAGGUUUGGCAACCAGACGAUAUGCGCUGGGAGGAUUACGAAGUUCACAGUGUGUGUUCGAAGACUGCUCAGCUGCACAUAGGGUUCUUGGCGCAAAUGUAUUGA